GGAUGUUGUGUUCCACGAGAAAUUGGCAGAACAUAACUUCUGCAGCCGUCACAGAAGUCUGGGCAGUCCGAGCCGAUGGACUUAAAUGACCGAGAAAACCACGUGCAACUAUAAAACCACAUAAAUCGAAAAUAGUUCCAUUUCAUUGGGCAUGCGCAUUUUGAAAAAAUAAAUGGUGGAUGCUAAGAAAAUUUUCUCAGAGUAACGGAAAAAAAUCUCUGAUACAAAACAUAAUUUUCCCAUAUGAAAAUCAGUGUACGCCGUAUUAGCCAAAAAAUUGCAUUUUCCUGUACAAAAUACGGGGAAACCGUAUAACUUGACAUGUAUGUGAGCUCUCCAGAUGUUUUAUGUAGAGGUCAGUGGUUCACACUGGAUAAUGGUGCAUGAAAGAGAUAACAGAAUGUAAGUCAGUGAUCGGGUGAAUUUGUUUCUUACAGCAUUAAUACUGAAAGAAGCUGAAGAGCUUUAAUUUUUCAAAUCAGCAGAAAGAGGAGAGAAACGAGCCAGUACAGGAUAAAAACAGACUUCAUGAGAACAGCUACAGAAUGUUUAUAGAUAAUACUAUUGGAUCAAAUACAGAGGAAUUUACAGAAAAUAACGAUGCUUUUUUAAUAAUCUCAACAACCUUACCUUCCUUUUGUUUUUGUUUUUCAUCUCAUCAUCUCGAUAAAGGUGUUCGGGUUUCCCAGAGCGACAGAAAAUGGACAGAAGAUGAGAGAAUGGAAAUGGAGGCUUCUGCUCUCCUGACUGAAUAUAAAAUGGAUGAAAAAGGUCUUUGUAUUGAAUUUAAAAAGAAGAUCGGAAAACUGAAAGAAACUGAAGAAGAGUUAAGAAACACUCAGCUGGAACUGGACAACACGUCUCAAUCACUGAAACAUAAAGACCAAGAGCUAGAGGACUGUAAAAGACAAAUGAAGCAUAAAGAUACCGAACUGAAAAGCAGAGAGAAAAUCAUUGAGGAGAAAGAUGCACUACUCAAAGAGAGAAAUACAGAACUAGAGAAGACGACUAAAGAACUGAAACAGAAAGACAAACAGAUACAGGAGGCACAAAUCCAAGUGGAGGAAAAGGAGAAAAGAUUUGUGGAGAAGAAUAAAGAAUUAGAUGAAAAAAACAAACAGCUGAAGGUUCUAAAAGAACGUUUAGAGACUAAUGAGAAGACUCUUACUGAGAGAGGUGCAGUGUUAAUGGAAACAAAUAAAAAACUUCAAAAUGCCUCUGAAGAAAUGAAGGAGAAAAACACACAACUGGAGAAUAUGAACAAACUGCUGAGUGAGAAAGAAACCCAGCUGAAGAAGACAGAUAAAGAGCUGGAAACCAGUAAAAACAAACUACUAGAAAGAGACAAACAGCUUCAGGAGAAAGACAGACUUUUGACUGAAAAUCGAAAAAAACUUCAGAUGAAGGACAAGACCAUGGAAGCAAAGGACACACUGCUCAGAGAGGUCAAAGAAGAAUUGGGAAAAACAAACUUGGCAUUAGAUGAGAAGCAGAUACAGUUGAAAGACAGACAGAGACGACUGGAGGACAUGGGGAAAGAACUGGAAACCAGUAAAAACAAACUACUAGAAAGAGACAAACAGCUUCAGGAGAAAGACAGAAAUCUGGUUGAAAAGGCAAAAACACUGCAUAUGAAAGAUGAGGCUCUGGAAAAGAAGGACACACAGCUCAAACAGAUAAAAACUGAAUUGGAGGAAACAAUUAAGAAAUUAGAAGAGAGUCAGCGACACAUGGAGGAGAAAAACACACAACUGGAGAAUAUGAACAAACUGCUGAGUGAGAAAGAAACCCAGCUGAAGAAGACAGAUAAAGAGCUGGAAACCAGUAAAAACAAACUACUAGAAAGAGACAAACAGCUUCAGGAGAAAGACAGACUUUUGACUGAAAAUCGAAAAAAACUUCAGAUGAAGGACAAGACCAUGGAAGCAAAGGACACACUGCUCAGAGAGGUCAAAGAAGAAUUGGGAAAAACAAACUUAGCAUUAGAAGAGAAUCAGACAGAGUUGAAAGACAGACAGAGACGACUGGAGGACAUGGGGAAAGAACUGGAAACCAGUAAAAACAAACUACUAGAAAGAGACAAACAGCUUCAGGAGAAAGACAGAGAUGUGGUUGAAAAUGCAAAAACACUGCAGAUGAAAGAUGAGGCUCUGGAAGAGAAGGACACACAGCUCAAACAGAUAAAAACUGAAUUGGAGGAAACAAUUAAGAAAUUAGAAGAGAGUCAGCGGCACAUGGAGGAGAAAAACACACAACUGGAGAAUAUGAACAAACUGCUGAGUGAAAAAGAAACCCAGCUGAAGAAGACAGAUAAAGAACUGGAAACCAGUAAAAAUCAACUGGAGACACUGGGAGAGGAGCUGCAGGACAAGAAGAGACAACUACAGGAGCAGAUGAUCAUACUGGAGCAACAGAAAACUGAGUCAGCAGAAAAAAACAAACAGCUUGAAGAGAAAGAGAGACUUCUAACUGAGAGAGAGACACAGCUGAUGGAAAGAGACAAACAGCUUCAGGAGAAUAACAAGACACUAGAAGAGAAGGACAGACUGCUCAGAGAGCUAAAAGAAGAAUUGGGAAAAACAAACUUGGCAUUAGAAGAGAAUCAGAUACAAUUGAAAGACAAACAGAGACGACUGGAGGACAUGGGGAAAGAACUGGAAACCAGUAAAAACAAACGACUAGAAAGAGACAAACAGCUUCAGGAGAAAGACAGAGAUGUGGUUGAAAAGGCAAAAACACUGCAGAUGAAAGAUGAGGCUCUGGAAGAGAAGGACACACAGCUCAAACAGAUAAAAACUGAAUUGGAGGAAACAAUUGAGAAAUUCGAAGAGAGUCAGCGACACAUGGAGGAGAAAAAAACACAACUGGGGAAUAUGAACAAACUGCUGAGUGAGAAAGAAACCCAGCUGAAGAAGACAGAUAAAGAGCUGGAAACCAGUAAAAAAGAAAUGGAGACACUGGGAGAGGAGCUGCAGGACAAGAAGAGACAACUACAGGAGCAGAUGAUCAUACUGGAGCAACAGAAAACUGAGUUAGCAGAAAAAAACAAACAGCUUGAAGAGAAAGAGAGACUUCUAACUGAGAGAGAGACACAGCUGAUGGAAAGAGACAAACAGCUUCAGGAGAAAGACCGACUUCUCGAGGAGAAAACAAAGCAGCUGCAGGAACAGACAGAUCCAGAAUCAUCAGCCCCCAUCAGGAGAAGAAACAGCAAGGAAGAGUUACCUCCAAGAAUGAGUGGAGAGACUCAGGACUCAGCAGCACCAAUCAGGAGAAGAAACAGUAUGGAUGUAAUUCGUCCACUGUUGAGUGGAGAAUCGUCUCGUCCAGAUUCUCCAGUGUCGGUUCCUGUACCAGAACUGAGACUGGUGCUGCUGGGGAGGACGGGGUCUGGGAAGAGUGCAGCAGGAAACACCAUCCUGGGCAUAGAGGAGAGGAACCAGGCAGCUACAGCUACAUUUCCAUCCACCCAGCAGAGUGAGAGCACACAGAGAGAGGUGGCUGGGAGGAAGGUGACUGUGGUGGACACUCCUGACUGGUUCUCUCCUGAACUGUCUCUGGAGAAACUGAGAGAAGAUGUGGGCCUCUGUGUCCAUCUGUCUGCUCCAGGACCCCACGCCUUCCUCCUGGUCAUACCUGUAAAGCAGCCUACAGGAGAGGAGAGAGGGAUGCUGGAGAAAAUGGAGGAGAUUUUUAGAGAGAGAUGUUGGAGAAACACCAUGAUCAUAUUCAGUGUUACUGAUGAACUUCAGAAGAAGAACAUUGAGGAGUUUAUCCAGUCAGGAGACCAGGAGGUCCAGAGACUUGUAGAAAAAUGUGGGAACAGGUUUCACUGUCUCAACAUUAAGGAGAGUGGAGAUGGUUCUCAGGUCUUAGAGCUGCUGGAGAAGAUAGAGAAGAUGGUGGAAGGAAGCAGAGAGAAAUUCUACAGCAGUGAGAUCUACCUGGAGACAGAAUCUCAGAUCAGAGCAAUAGAGACAAAGAUCCUGAAGGAAAGAGAAGAGAAAAGGAUGAGAGAGGAGAUGGAAAUGAAGGAAAAAAUAGAAAAGGAGGUGCAGGAUUCUCUGAGAAAGAUAGAGGGAGUGAUCCAGGAGCAUGAAGGAGACAUCAGAGAACUUAAUGACCGGACAACUGAACUGGAAAGAAAGAUGAAAGAAGAGAGGGAUGAAGAGAAAAAGAAAGAAUUUGAGAGGGAGCUGAAACGAGAGGUAGAGCGAAGGACAGAAAUGGAAGAGAAGGUGAAGAAACUAAAAGAAAAGAGAGAGUGGGAGAGGAGAGAGAUGGAGGAGAGACACCAAAAGGAGAUGGAGGAGAUCAGAGAGGUGUAUGAAGGAGAGGUCAGGAUAGAGGCAGAGAGAAACAUCAUGAAGAUCAUCCUGCCUGAACUCCAAAGAAACAUUUUGGCCUCAAAAACAAAGAUGCAGGAAGAGUUCAGCAGACAGAUGGAGGAGAAGCACAGAGAGCUGGAGACUCUGAAACAGAAAUAUUCCAAGCUCACAGAGACUCACAGCCUGCUUGAAGAGGUUUAUGAGAAAACUGUGAAAAAUAGCUCAGAAAGAGAGAGAUCAGCUCCAGGAGAGGCAUCAAAGGGAAUUUCUCAGAGAUGGAAGACUUUUUUCACUGAGUAACUGAGAUUUUAAUACCAUAGAGAUUCAAAGUCGGCUUGAAGAGGUUUAUGAGGUAAAUCUGCAGAGGAACUGAGAAUCACAGGAUUCUGUUUCAACAAAGGAGACGCUGAAGGAGCUCUCACAGAUUUUAAAGCUUCUGUUUAACUCCAUUUGUUGCUUCAGAAUUUACAUUUGUACACUGAACUCCUUUUAAUAUUGACAUGUAAUUAAGUGAAACGAUACAGCGUUUGAAUUACACUGUGGCUCUUUGGUGCUUCUUUUUCAACCCGUGGCAGGAUUUGUCACAAUAAUAUAAUACAUGUACAUAAAGUUUCACAUUAUAAUGUGCUGUUCUUGUGUUGUAAAUUGUAUUUGAAAUAUACACUACAGUGGAACACCAACAUAUAUUGCUGAAUGUACAACAAUACCAAUGUAUGAAUUGUCAGAUAUGAACUCUUGUAGUAACAGUUGCUGUACCCAGCCACUUCUCAAAACAUAACUCCAUAAGGCCACAAAAGGGGGUGUGUGACAGGAACUGGAUUCUGGGAAGUGUGAGCUGGCCCCUUUAAGAAGGAUAAAUGGACGGGCAUUGAACAAAAAUUUUAAACUGGAGGAACUUUCUGAGAAAGAAAGAGGGAGUGACCCAGGAGCAUGAAGGAGACAUGAGUCAACUUAAUGACCAAACAACUGAACUGGAGAGAAAGAUAAAAGAAGAGAAAAGAGAACUUGAGAUGGAGCUGAAACUAGAGGUAUAGUGAAAGACAGAUGGAAGAAAAGGUGAAGGAACUAAAGCAUAAGAGGGAGAGAAGAGGAAUGGAGGAGAGGCAGCAAUAGGAGAUGGUGAGUAAUUAGGGAAGUGUAUGAAGAUGAUGUCAGGUUGGAGGCAGAAAGAAACUUCAUGAACUUUAUCCUGCCUGAACUUUGGGGAAACACUUCGGCCUCAAAAAUAAAGAUGCAGGAAGAGUUCAGCAGACGGAGAAGCACAGAGAGCUGGAGACUCUUAAAUAGACCUUUUCAGAGCUCAUAAAGAAUCACUUCAUAAAGUUCUGCUUAAAGAAGUUUAUGAAAAACUUGUGAAAAGUAUCUCAGAGUGGGUAACUCCAGCAGAAGAGGCACUGAAGGGAAUGCCUUAGAGAUUUACAAGUUGAUUUCAUUUAAUAACAGGCAUUAUAAAACCAUUCAAAAAUGGCCAAGAGGCAGAAAUGCACCCUGGGGGUGUUGAGUCUGGUAUGCUGCUGUGGUAGAAGGAUACCAACCUGACCACAGGCAGAACUUGUAAAAUUCUGCAGCGGUAGUAAUCCAAGCUCAGGAUCAACCUGAGGACCCUGGAACUGUGAAGUGCAAUUCCUCCCUGUUGCACUACCACCCUGAUUUAUUUUUUGUUCGUAGUGUAUCUGAUCCUAUUAUUUUUAUGCAAAAACAUGUUUUAUCAGUUUAUAGUUAUCAUCAUGUUGUAGAAGGUUGUAAAAAAACAGUUAAUUUCUGUUGUCAUUUAUGUUAUAGUAGCUGUAAACAGUCGUUUCCUCACCGGCCUCUUGUUUCUAUCUCUUGCAGGUAUAGUAAAGAGUUAAAAAAUAAAAUAAAAUAAAAGUACAGCUUCUCAUAUGACAGAGAAAGCCCUCUGCUGGAAAACUUACUGACUGCUACAAAAACUGAGACUUGAAGACUCCUUCCAUGAAUGUAAAAUAAAGCUUUCCAAAAAUAAAACUUCACCAUUAUUUGGUCAAA